AUGGUGAACGACCUAGGCGCAAACCUUUCUAUUGAUGAGAUUGAUCGCACUCAUCGCCUAGGACCUCGCAAACAAGUGGGAUCAAAACCAAGGGAUAUCAUCAUUAAAUUCGUAUCCUACAGGGCCCGGCAGAAGCUCUAUAACGUUAGAACAAGUGCGAAAACAACUGACCCUUACAAGAAAGUCUAUGUAAACGAGGCGCUCACGAGAUACCGCAGCGAGAUGUUCUACGAUGCUCGCAAGCUGGCUUCAGACAAACUCGUAGAGGGUGCGUGGACGCAUGACGGGCAAGUGUUGGUCCGUGAUCUUAAGCGGGUCAUCCACCGAAUAGACAAACCCGAGCAGAUCACUGAGCUACGCGCCAAAUCCAGAUCGUAUGCGUCUGUUGCAGCUAGCAAGUAG